UUCAGAAAUAUAUCAAUUUUUUAAUUAAAUAAAUUCUAAAAAAAUAAAUAAAAAAGUAAAAUGAGAGAAAUUCUUAAUAUUCAAAUAGGUUAGGCAGGGAAUUAAAUUGGUACAGCCUAUUGGGAAGAAAUCUCUAAAGAGCAUGGUAUUUAACCUACUGGUGUUCAUAAAGGUGAUUCUGAUUUGUAAUUAGAGAAAAUAGAUGUGUAUUAUAACCAAACAAAAGCAGAUAAAUAUGUUCCUAGAGCUAUUUUGAUCGAUUUAGAUCCAGCAUUGUUAAAUUCUAUUAAUACAAGUUAAAUUGGGCAACUUUUCAAGCCUGAAAACUUAAUAAUUGGUUAAGACCCAGCAGAAAAUAAUUGGGCUAUUGGUCAUUACAUUUUAGGUCCAUAAUAUAUUGAUUAAGUUAUGGAGACUGUCAGAAAAGAGGCUGAAAUUUGUGAUUGUCUUUAGGGUUUUUAAAUGAUCCAUUCAAUAGGUGGUGGUACUGGUUCGGGAAUGGGUACUCUCCUUCUUUAGAAAUUAAAAGAAGAAUAUCCUGAUAGAAUUACUGAAACAUUCUCAAUUUUCCCUUCAACUAAGAUUUCAGAUAAAAUAAUAGAACCCUACAAUGCUUUGCUUUCUAUUAAUUAAUUAAUCGAAUAUGCUGAUUAAACUAUGGUAAUUGAUAAUGAAGCUCUUUAUGAUAUUUGUUUUAGAGUUGCUAAACUUUACAACCCUAAUUUAAAGGAUCUUAACUAUUAUAUUUCUUCUGCAAUAUCUUCUAUUACUUGUACUCUAAGAUUUCCUGGAUUAUUUAAUUCAGACCUUAGAAAAAUUGCUCUUAACUUGAUUCCUUUUCCUCGACUCCAUUUUUUAAUGAGUGCUAUUGCUCCUAGUUAUUCAAGAGGCUCUACUUAGUGCUAUCCACCUAAAUUUCCUGAAAUAAAAAAUUUGGUUUACAAUCCUAGAACUAUGCUUUGCUCUACUGAUUGGAGAUAUGGUAGAUUUUUAGCUGCCUCUGCUAUUUUCAGAGGAAGGAUACCAUAUAAAGAUUUCUUUGAAUAGGUUGUAAAUUCUUCAAAUGAAUAUAACUCUUAUUUUGUAUAAUAAAUUCCUAACAAUUUGAAAUAUUCUAAAUGUGAUAUUCCUCUUAAUUCAGUAAGAUUAUCUGGUGUCCUUAUUGGAAAUUCUACAGCCAUAAAAGACGUAUUUAAUAGGAUUUCAAAUUAAUUUACUGCUUUAUUUUAAAAUAAAACUUUUUUGUCGCAGUAUACAAAUAAAGGAAUGGAAGAAAUAGAAUUCAAAGAAGCUCAUUCAAAUGUGAUGGAUUUGAUUUCAGAAUAUUAAUAGUGUGAAAAUCUUUUUGAUGAAGAAGCAGAAUUUGAUGAAUUCGAUGAAGAAAUGCCAAUUGAAGAAAAUAAAGAAAUUGGAGAAGAGAAAGAUAAAAAUUGA